AAGUUUCACAAUUGACACUUCAGAGUCAGUAAACAUGCUUUAUUUACCUGAUCUAUAGAAUUUUUGUUUUAUAUGCGGUGAAAUUAGAGUUUUUUUUUUAACAGAGAAACACUGAAAAUGACGAUGGAAAUAGAUACCAUGCCAUCCGAAUAUAAUGAUGUUGUGCUACGGCCAAUGCAUUGCCGACUGAAUGCAAACACACGAUCUGAUGGUUCGGCUAUGCUAACACAAGGAGACACGGCUGUAACGGCAACUGUAAGUGGACCCAUUGAAGUGAAAUUGCAUAAUCUUCAAAUUGAUAAGGCCCAUGUGGAGGUAUAUUACCGUUCAAAGUCUGGCUUACCAAGCAUCGUGGACAAAUUGCGCGAAAAGAUCGUCCGAGACACAUGCGAGUCAGCUCUUCUCACCGUUUUGUAUCCAAGAUCAUCGAUAUUCCUGCAGAUUCAUGAAAUGGAAAAUGCCGGCGGAUUGAUUGCUUGUACCGUGAACGCUUCAUGUUUGGCCCUAUUGAACAGUGGACUAUCGAUGAAAUCGCUUCUGGGCGGUGUUCAUUGUGUUAUCACCAGCGACAACGAACUAGUACUGGAUCCAGAUCAAUUGGUUUCCGAGCAUGCGGUGGCAAGCCUAACAUUUGUUUUCGAAAGUGUUCAUCGAAAUAUCGUUGCCGUUCACACAACCGGUCGAUUCACCAUCGGUCAAUAUAAUGAUGCAGUGAUAAAAUGUCGACAUGCCAGCGAUAUCAUUUUUAAAUUCUAUAGAGAUGUAGUUAGAAAAUUUGCCACUCACGCGACGACAACCAAAGUCGAAACCUAAAGUGCUACUAUGUCGAGUUUAUGAAGAAAAAAAAGUUGAAUAAUAAUUUAAAUUGACCUUUUUUGGUG